UCCCCGCCAGAUGGAAGGUGGUGACCAGCGACGACAAAAAGGCGUUACAGGCUCCGGUCGGUGAUGGGGAUCGAACCGAUAAACAAACACCAGAUUCCUUAAUCAGGGUGAGCACGUCCCGCUUGACCCCAAACAAAACGCUACGCGCAAGAAUCCAACCGGCACCACUGCUGCGGCGACCUCGCACGUACCGGCGCGCCCGUGACGAGCCCUGCGCACGCCGCGCCGCCCAGGCGUCCCAGCCUCUCGGUCCUCGGAGGCUCGGAGCGGCGCGCUCCCCCGCGGGAAAAGCCCGUCGGUGACGUCGUGCCGGGCUCGCGUGUGCCUGUGCCUCUCUUCACCACGUUCCCAUCCCUGCGCGGGGCCGCCCCGCGCCAAGGGGAGAUCACGCGACCGCCUGGCCGCCUUGUCUCCUUGCUUCCGCUCGUUUGUCCCCGGACGCUCGCUUCGCGCUCGUCUGCGCGUGCCCGUUUCCGCGCUAGCAGUCUAGUACUCGCUGUAGAGCCGAAGCACAGGGAGCGAGCAACGCAUCGCCACCUGCAGUCCUACUGCUACAGGGCUCCCGUACUGGUCUCUCCGCCUCAGGAGUUUCUUGGCGCCGCGCGCGGAGAGUGCGCGGGAAAGGUGGGGGAGGGAGAUGGACGCGGCGGAGGCCGGCAAGGCGGGGUCUCAGCAGGAGCAGCAGCAGCAGCCGGGGGCGGCGUCGACGAGCGGCGCCGGCGCGGCGGUGCCGUUCGGAAGGUCGGCGUCGCGGCUCGGUGCGCCCGGCGCCGAGAGCUUCGACGGCGCGCUCAGAGAGCUCAAGGAUCUGCGGGCACAGCUGCACGAGGCCGCGGACUGCUGCGAGAAGGCGUUCCUCAAGACCGAGAAGAAGAAGAAGCUGAUUCUGGAGGGUACAAAGAGUUACAUCUGCGAUGCAGUUGUGGCUGUGAUUGACCACUUGGGGACUGUUUCGUCCAAGCUUGAGCACAAGCUGGAGGAGAAGACUCACGUCACACAGGCAGAACAAAAGAUCAACUUCCUGAAACAGAGACUUUUAACAUGCGAACAGUAUGCCAUUUCCCUGAAGCUUUUGACUGUACGAGGAGACCCUUAUGCCAUUCAAUAUCAUCGUCGCUACAUCUCACAAUAUAUUCAAACGACCAAACAGGCAAAUGGUGCUAGCUCGAGUAAAAAUGAUCAGGAAGUCCUGAAAAUUACUGGCCCAACACUAUCUGGAGCCGGCCUCACUCUCAAGCCUUAUGAUGUUCAACCAUCCAUCGGGAAAGAAGAUACCAUGGCAUCUGCAAGUUUUGAUGACAGCCCAAGGAACCUAAGAAGGUCAUUUUCUUUUAGAGCAGAGGAUGUUCACAUUAUUCUAGGUGAUGAUCACAAGAAGAAGACCAAUACUGGGAGUAACAUCUUGUCAUUUCUCAAGAAAACUAGGCGGCAUGCAUAAGCUGACUAGCCUCAAAAGCGGCAACGGGAUAGUGUGGUAGUACCAGUACCCUCUCUGUUUUUCGGAUUGUGUAACAGUAGUGUAGUACUGAAAGCAUUUGCUCGAUAGAUGGACUCAUUACUAGGUCCUUGGAAUUCUGUGGAUCAUGUGUCAAUUUACUUUUGUCGUAUAAAAUAGGAAAAGAGUCGACUAGCAAA